CAGUGAAGAAACGGUUUGGUUUGUGCUUUAUUUUCUUGCCGGAUUCAAAGAAUUCAGUUAGAAAGGGGGGCUCGCCGGAGGGCGAUGGAGGUCGGUGAUGCUUAGCUUCCUAGUCUCCGGACGACAUGUGUGACCCUUUUUGAGAUCUUCUCUAGAAGAUCAACAAUAAUCUUCUUAAAAUUCUUGAAAUACUAAGACAUGAAUAAUGCUUCAACAUCUAUCAACUCUGCAACUUCCCUUUCACAAGAAAUUCUUUACAAAAUUUUCACUAGACUUCCCAUUAAGUCUAUAGUAUGAUUCAAGUGCGUUUCUAAAUUCUUUUAUUCUCUUAUAAAUAACCCGUUUUUCGCUGAUGUGCACUGCAACCGAUCCUUAACCUUUCCCGAGACAAGCAUCCUAUUACGUCUUCCAUCCAAAACAUAUCAACAAAUCUUUUACACUAUAAAUCUGACUAAAGAAAACCAUGGAAAGCUCCAAGCCCACCGUCUCGGGUAUAUGGACCAACAAUGUUUUCACAAUCUGCUUCAUUUAAGAAGAUCAACAAUAAUCCUUCUUAAAAUUCUAGAAAUACUACCCAAGAAAAGACAUGAAUACUUCAACUUCUAUCAUCAACUCUGCAACUUCUUCCCUUCCACAAGACAUUCUUUACGAAAUUUUCACUAGACUUCCCGUUAAGUCUAUAGUACGAUUCAGGUGUGUUUCUAAAUUCUUUUAUUCUCUUAUAAAUAACUCGUUUUUCGCUGAUGUGCACCGAAAUCGAUCCUUAACCUGUUCCGGGACAAGCAUCCUCUUUCGUGUUCCAUCCAAAACAUAUCAACAAAUUUUUUACACUGCAAAUCUGACCCAAGAAACUCAUGGAAAGCUCCAAGCCCACCGUGUCCGGUAUAUGGACCGGCAAUGUUUUCACAAUCUGCUUCAUUUAAGGUGUACUAAAGGCCUGAUUUGUCUGGCCAACGACGACGGAGACGCCGCGAUUUGCAACCCUAGUAUAAGACAACAUGUUUCUCUGCCAAGAACCCAUCCUGUCCGCCCAUCCACCUCGCAAAACUUCGCCAGCGCGGUCUUGGGUUUCGAUUCCGUUUCGAAAAAGUACAAGGUUUUCAUGUCGGAACUGUGUUGCAUCCAUGGCCGUGGCGAUAAGAAGCACUGGGUUUUGACUCUUGGAGAGGAUGAAUCAUGGAGGGAGAUCAUCGUCUCCUCCGCCGCCGUCCCUAACUAUCCAGAAACCAGUCUUCACAUUGACGGCGUUAUCUACUUGAUAAACUGGACCGUUAAAAGGGAAAUAAUUGCGUUUAACGUUGGAGCUGAGGAGUUUCGCACGUUACCUUUUCCGUGUGAACUCCGACAUCGUACCUCCUCGGUUUUGAGGUCGCCGUGGAUUGAGGUGGCCGGUCGGCUAGCCGCCGUUACUGUUGAUCAUCAAUGGAGCAGAGUGGAGAUAUGGGCUUUGGAGAAAUCAAUGGAAUGGGAGAAAUAUAUGAUUCCCAUUCCAUUGGAAGAUAGAGAAAUGAUAAGAAAAGCUUGUUCCAUGGACUUCACAGGGAAGUGUAAUGGGGAGAUUGUGAUGCUGAUUCAAGUGGGUGAGACUUUCUUGAUUUUCGUUACUGCGUUUGGAAGAACGCCGCAGGUGUGGAGAAAGUUUGAGAUAUGUGGAAUUCAUGAUCGUUUCAUUUGUUUGGAUAGAUUACAAAAUGCCAUGCAUAUUAUUCAGGACAAUGUAUUUUUUCCUAACUUUAAGUUUAGUUCGUGAAAUACAUCGACAAUAGAAUGUUAUUCUGUA